GGAGCGCCCCUCCCCGGCUGGGCCGCGGUCGGUGCCGGGCAGGCAGAGGGUCGGCGCCGCCAUCGCCAUGGGCACCCGCGACGACGAGUACGACUAUCUGUUCAAAGUUGUGUUGAUUGGAGACUCUGGAGUUGGGAAAAGUAACCUUCUGUCACGUUUCACACGCAAUGAGUUCAAUCUGGAAAGCAAGAGCACCAUUGGGGUGGAAUUUGCCACCAGGAGCAUCCAGGUGGAUGGGAAGACGAUAAAAGCGCAGAUCUGGGACACCGCGGGCCAGGAGCGAUACCGAGCCAUCACCUCAGCGUACUACCGCGGUGCUGUUGGGGCUCUGCUCGUCUAUGACAUUGCCAAACACCUCACCUACGAGAACGUGGAGCGCUGGCUGAAGGAGCUGCGGGACCACGCCGACAACAACAUCGUCAUCAUGUUGGUGGGCAACAAGAGCGACCUGCGCCACCUGCGGGCCGUGCCCACCGACGAGGCCCGGGCCUUUGCAGAAAAAAAUAACUUAUCUUUUAUUGAAACAUCUGCUCUGGACUCUACAAAUGUAGAAGAAGCCUUCAAGAACAUCCUUACAGAGAUCUACCGCAUCGUGUCGCAGAAGCAAAUCGCCGACCGGUCUGCGCACGAUGAGUCUCCAGGCAACAACGUCGUGGAUAUCAGCGUCCCGCCAACCACUGACGGACAGAAAUCCAACAAACUCCAGUGCUGUCAGAACCUGUGACCUUCUCUAGAUGACUCUUGUGCCCUCCACUUUGUCUGUGCUUCAUUUAGAAACUUGUGUGCACUUCCUAUCUCCUGUGAUUCAGUGACUCCCUCCUCCCUCCUUUAUUCCAUUCCCAAGUCUCCCCUCUCAUAUUAGAGCUUUAAUUGUAGGGCUAACAUCCUCCUUCCUCUGAAACCCCUUCCAUGUGGUGACUUCUGGGCUUGAAAUGUAGUCACUGAUCUGAUAGACAUGUUUGUGUUGGAAAAUCUGCUGCUGGAUAUUAUCCCAUGAAACACUCUUAUCAAAUAGGCUUGUUUUGGUUUUGCUAGGAUUUUUUCAGUUUGGUUUUGUUGUUGUUGUUAUUUUCUGGGAGGGGAACAAUGGGACUUGACUCUACCAGUUGAAGAAAUAACUAUAUUUAGGUGACAAGGUUUUUUCCUCCCAUAGUCAGAUAUCUCUUUUUCUUGUGUUUCUGUAAACAUGGGGGAGAAAUUAAACUAGCUAUCCUGCCAAAUGCUCUGUUUUCUGUCCUGAUGAAGUCUCACAGUGAGGAUUUUAGUGGCUGCACACACAUAAGAAAGCUGUUGAAAAUAACAUUACUUAUUCUGUAAUUACCCCUAAUACAGUUAGUCUGGCUGUGUAGUUUACUGUUUCCUGCUUGGGAAAUCUUUCUCUCUUCUUGUUUAUUUGGGAACAAUGAAAUAUGUCUGCAUUGCUUUCUCUGCCACCAUGAAUGCCUGUGCAGGCUUUAUGAAGUGGCGUAAUAUUUAUUCAUGGCUUAUGUUAAUCAGUUAACAUUAUUGUACAGUAAGUGCCAGCACAUUGAUUUCAGAAACCUUUUGCAGCCUGUACAAGUAGGCUUCUUUUUGUACUGUAGGUCAGUGUCUGAAAGCAGGAUCUGUGCUAGUUCCAGGGUUUUUUUUUUUGCAUGCUGCUUUUUCUCUAGAUCUCUCCUGCCCCUGUCUGAGUGAGUGAGGCAAUAUUUUCAUGUCACAUAUAUACCUGCACUUGUAAGGGUUUUGGUUGUUGUAGAGAAACACAAUACUUUAUACAUUUUGUAAAACUUCUGCAGAUCCAUAGUAUCUGAAACUUUCUCUUCAUGAUCUUUCACUAUUGACCUCUACUAAAAUGCAUAAUAUUAGGAUUUCACAUAAUAACUACUAAUCUGUUGUUUUCUUCUUACCGUUUUACUGAACUGCAGACUGUAACUCUUAAAUGAUUGUACUUCACUGAUGUAACAGAUUUGUCAUCAGCAGGGCUAACUACUAUAAUUCUUCAUUGUGCUGAAUGGGAAGAAUGUUACCACAACUUUGUGUAGUCAGUCUCUUGCUUGCUUGUGCAAAUCUCUGAUGGCUUUUCAUCACUCACUAGCUCUUGCACACUUGUAUCCCCUCUGGUAUCCGCUGAAUGUUCUGAUGGUAAAUACUGGGUGAAAUGAUCUAAAGGAAGAGCUGGAAAGCACCUGCUGCUCCCUGAAGGCUUGUGGCACCAUUUGCAGUGAGUUUUUGCUCUGUAUUCUGAGCCUGUAUCUCACUGGAUGAAUCCCAGCUGCAUAUUAGUGAGUUGAUUUUUCUUUACCGAUACAAAGCAAAUAUGAAACUGUGAAUUGUGCUUGAAGAGGAAAUCUGACAUUCCAGUCUCAACUGUUCUGUCUGGUUACGUAAUAAAAUUAAGGGCAGUUAACUCUGA